AUGUGGCCGCGCGCCGUCGCCAGGCCAUACGCCGCGUUCCGGCUCAUCCACUUCCUUCUACACUUCAUUUUUGAGAGCUCGCGGGCGUUCUACCUCAGUUGGUUCCCCCUAGAGCACCACAAGCUCCCCGUUAACACAUCAAAGGAGCCGCUGUUCGAAGUCGUUCCGGUCCGGAGGGAGCACGAGGCCGCCGUUCGUCGCGUGUGGAUCGAUGGGCUGCCGCAGACCCUCGGCAGCGUGUCCUGGAGGGGUCGGUGGUCGCUCUGGCGGCGGUACUGCCAGCACUCGUUCGACGCCGCCGUCGCCCUCGACGGCGACAUGCGCAACAUCAAGCGCGACUGGGCGGACAAGCCCGGCCGCAUGGCGCUCGCCGCCGUCGUGAAAUCCCAGCGCCGCGUCCAGGUCGUCGGGUGCAUCUUUGGAGAGGCGGGGAAGAGCGAUCGCGUCGACCCGAAGCCGACGGAGAAGGAAAUCAAGGCCACGUGCAAGCUCACGCGGCUCAGCGUGCACCCGGCGUGGCGACGCGAGGGCGUGGCGACGGCGCUGGUGCGCAACCUGGAGGACUGGGCGCGGCGGCAGGGACUGAAGGAAAUGACGUUGCUGACGCUGAAUGUUGUUGCGAUCCGAUUCUACGAGAAGGCGCGGUACAGGACGACGGGGUUCGUGUCCGGGAAGGUCGCGGCGAUGUCGAAGCUGCUCUAG